CAAAAAGAUUAUACGGAGUAUUUUUUUUGUCAUGUAUAAUUUACAAACAUUGAUAAAAUAAAUAGCGUAAAAAGUCCCAAUAAAACACCUUAAAAAAAAAAAGGAAAGGGAGAAGAUUUGAGAUGAUUACACCAAAACCUUAAAUUGUUUCUCUUUCUUACCCCUUCUCUCUCUCUUCAAAUAACUUUUAUUCUCACCCAUUUCCUCUCAAAAUGAAAAUCUGAUCGCUCUCACUUUCUCUCUCCUCGCCCCUUCAUAUAUUCUCCCCUUCUCAUCCCACAAAAAACACUCAAUUCAUUUUCAACUCCUAAAACAUUUAUUUUCUCUCUCAAAUUCCAAAUGAGCCAUUUCUCCUUAAACCUCCCUUCAUCCGAUACACUCUGGUACACCCCAACUACAAUGGACCACCACCACCACCAAAAACCCCUCCCCUUCUUCUACCAUUCCUCCCUUCCUCUGUCCUCAAAACUCGAUGAUGUCGAUUCCGACAACAACAGUACCUCCACCGCUACCGCCAACAUUGACCGAUCCGAAACAACCUCCUCCUCCCCUUCCUCCGCCGACCAAGAAUACAUGUUCGAAAAACCCUUAACCCCUUCCGACGUCGGUAAAUUAAACCGUCUCGUUAUCCCCAAACAGCACGCUGAAAAAUACUUCCCCCUCGCCAACGCUACAGCCGUCGCAGAUUCCUCCGGAGAUAAAAUCACCGGCGCCGUCGCAGGUGGUGGUGGAGUUUUACUAGGGUUCGAAGAUGAGUCUGGAAAGUGCUGGAAGUUUCGGUACUCUUACUGGAAUAGUAGUCAAAGCUAUGUGUUGACUAAAGGUUGGAGUCGUUACGUUAAAGAGAAGAAACUUGACGCCGGCGACGUCGUUUUGUUUCAGCGUCAUCGGUUUGAAUCCGACCGCUUUUUUAUCGGUUGGCGACGGCGCGGUUCCGCUCCGUCGCCUCAUCACCAUCAUAAUCAUCACCCUCCUGCUCCAAAUAAUAAUCAAAUCCGAUACAACAAUCAUCAGAGUAACUAUAGCGUUGCGCCGUCGCAGGGUUAUAAUAAUGGUGCGACUCAACAACACCAGAUUGCUUCAUUUCCGUCUUACCGCCCUGACUCUCUUCAUGCAGGGACAGAAGUUAGGCAAAAGGGAAGAAAAUCAGGCGGUGGUAAUUCAAAAAGGGUGAGAUUAUUUGGGGUUAAUUUGGAAUGCCAAAUUAAUGAUGAUUUAGAAGAAGAUGAAGAGCCUCAAACUUCUGAUGGCUCAUCUUUAUCUAGCCAAGGUCAAGCUCAACUUCACCCAGGUUCCGGUUUCAGUUCAGGUUAUGACGCGACGGGUCCUACCACCUACAAUUACUUUGACUACAUGGGUUAUCAACCUAAUCAACAUUAUCCUUCUCACAUGGACAUGAAUUUCCCUCAAGAUGUCAACCAAAUGAGUAAUAAUCGGCUAAGAUAAGAUCACAAGAUGUGACGUGCCCUCUAUCCAACCCCCCAACUUGCUAGAGGUCAAACUUACUACACCAACAUUAUAUUAAACCCAAAAAAAUCAGGAUGAUAAUUUUUUUUGGUGUAAAGAGAGCCUUACAGCACUGAUGUAAACAAAAUUUAAUCCCGAAAUUUUGAUUAGCACCCCAAAACUGAGAAAGGGUGAUGACAUGUUUAAAUACUGUAUGAUGAAACUAAAUGAGGGGAUAGAAAAUCCCAUAAUUUCAGGCAUUAUUCUCUCAUACAGUAUAAUUUUUUUAUAUUUGCCAAAAAAAAAAUAAA